GCUGCCCAGUGAUGUCACAGCACCGGGCAGACCUGUGAUCACGUCCUGCUCACUUUACGGAGAAGUUAGGAUCGAUGGAGUCUGCUGUCUCCUGGAGGACUGGGAUUGGCAGCUCUCAGACUUUGGGAAGUACAAGCACAGUGACGCUUCCAGAAACUUUGCUGUUUGUGUCGACCCUGGAUGGAAGUCUGCAUGCUGUCAGCAAGAGGACUGGCUCAAUCAAAUGGACUUUAAAAGAAGACCCAGUCCUGCAGAUCCCAACACAUGUGGAAGAGCCUGCCUUCCUCCCAGAUCCCAAUGAUGGCAGCUUGUACACACUUGGAGGCAAGAACAAUGAAGGCCUGACAAAACUUCCUUUUACCAUCCCAGAGUUGGUGCAAGCGUCCCCAUGCCGGAGUUCAGAUGGAAUCCUCUACAUGGGCAAAAAGCAGGACAUCUGGUACGUCAUCGACCUCCUGACUGGGGAGAAGCAGCAGACUUUGUCCUCGGCCUUUGCAGAUAGUCUCUGCCCGUCCACUUCUCUUCUGUAUCUCGGGCGAACAGAAUACACCAUUACCAUGUAUGACACCAAAACCCGUGAGCUCCGGUGGAAUGCCACCUACUUUGACUACGCAGCCUCGCUGCCCGAGGACGACAUGGACUACAAGAUGUCCCACUUUGUGUCCAAUGGCGAUGGGCUGGUGGUGACUGUGGACAGUGAAUCCGGGGACGUCCUGUGGAUCCAAAACUAUGCGUCCCCUGUGGUGGCCUUUUAUGUCUGGCAGCGGGAGGGUCUGAAGAAGGUGAUGCACAUCAACGUCGCUGUGGAGACCCUGCGCUAUCUGACCUUCAUGUCCGGGGAGGUGGGGCGCAUCACCAAGUGGAAGUACCCAUUCCCCAAGGAGACAGAGGCCAAGAGCAAGCUGACGCCCACUCUGUAUGUUGGGAAAUACUCGACCAGCCUCUAUGCCUCUCCUUCCAUGGUACACGAGGGGGUCGCCGUCGUGCCACGCGGCAGCACUCUCCCCUUGCUAGAAGGCCCCCAGACCGAUGGUGUCACCAUUGGGGACAAAGGGGAGUGUGUGAUCACACCUAGCACCGACCUCAAGUUCGACCCUAGACUCAAAGAGAAGCACAAGCUCAACUACUUGAGGAAUCACUGGCUUCUGAUAGGGCACCAUGAAACCCCGCUCUCUGCAUCUACCAAGAUGUUGGAGAGAUUUCCUAACAAUCUGCCCAAACACCGGGAAAACGUGAUUCAUGAGAAAAAGAGCUUUGAGGAGGUCAUCAACCUGGUUGACCAGGCUGCGAAAAAUGCACCCACCACCGUGUCGCAGGAUGUGGAAGAGAAGUUUGCUCGUGCCCCAGCCAAGCCCGAGGCCCCCAUGGACUCCAUGCUCAAGGACAUGGCCACCAUCAUCCUGAGCAACAGCUGGGUGGCCUUCAUCAUCACCUACCCCUUGAGCAUGCAUCAGCAGCAGCAGCUCCAGCACCAGCAGUUCCAGAAGGAACUAGAGAAAAUUCAGCUCCUGCAACAGCAGCAGCUGCCCUUCCACCCGUCUGGAGACACGACCCAGGAUGCUGAGCUCCUGGACACAUCCGGCCCCUACUCGGAGAGCUCGGGCACCAGCAGCCCCAGCACGUCUCCCAGGGCCUCCAACCACUCUGGGCACUCGGGCAGCUCCAUCUCCAAGGCUGGCACCAGCCCCUUCCUAGAGCAGGAUGACGAGGAUGAGGAAACCAGCAUGGUGAUGGUCGGGAAGAUUUCGUUCUGUCCCAAGGAUGUCCUGGGUCAUGGCGCUGAGGGCACGAUUGUGUACCGGGGCAUGUUUGACAACCGCGACGUGGCCGUGAAGAGGAUCCUCCCUGAGUGUUUUAGCUUUGCAGACCGGGAAGUCCAGCUGCUGCGAGAAUCUGACGAGCACCCAAACGUGAUCCGUUACUUCUGCACAGAGAGGGACCGGCAGUUCCAGUACAUCGCCAUCGAGCUGUGCGCAGCCACACUGCAGGAGUAUGUGGAGCAGAAGGACUUUGCCCACCUCGGCCUGGAGCCCAUCGCCUUGCUGCAGCAGACCACCUCAGGCCUGGCCCACCUCCACUCCCUCAACAUCGUUCACAGAGACUUGAAGCCCCACAACAUCCUCCUCUCCAUGCCCAAUGCGCACGGCAGGAUCAAGGCCAUGAUCUCCGACUUUGGCCUCUGCAAGAAGCUGGCAGUGGGCAGGCACAGCUUCAGCCGCCGUUCUGGAGUGCCCGGCACAGAGGGCUGGAUUGCUCCGGAGAUGCUGAGCGAAGACUGCAAGGAGAACCCCACCUACACAGUGGACAUCUUCUCUGCGGGCUGCGUCUUUUACUACGUGAUCUCCGAAGGUAGCCACCCUUUUGGCAAGUCCCUGCAGCGACAGGCCAACAUCCUCCUGGGUGCCUACAGCCUUGACCGCUUCCACCCAGAGAAGCACGAAGACGUCAUUGCCCAGGAAUUAAUAGAGAAGAUGAUCGCAAUGGAUCCCCAGAAACGGCCCUCAGCAACACACGUGCUGAAACAUCCAUUCUUCUGGAGCCUAGAAAAGCAGCUCCAAUUCUUUCAGGACGUGAGCGACCGCAUAGAAAAGGAGUCCCUGGAUGGCCCGAUAGUGAAGCAGCUGGAGAGAGGUGGGAGAGCUGUGGUGAAGAUGGACUGGAGGGAGAACAUCACCGUCCCCCUGCAGACAGAUCUGCGGAAGUUCAGAACCUACAAGGGUGGCUCCGUCCGAGACCUCCUCCGAGCCAUGAGGAAUAAGAAGCAUCACUACCGGGAGCUCCCCGCGGACGUGCGGGAGACGCUGGGCUCCCUGCCCGAAGACUUCGUGCGCUACUUCACCUCGCGCUUCCCCCACCUCCUCUCGCACACCUACCGCGCCAUGGAGCUGUGUAGCCACGAGAGACUCUUCCAGCCCUACUACUGCCAUGAGCCCCCAGAACCCCUGCCCCCAGUGGUGCCGGAUGCCCUCUGAGCCGGGCGGCCCCUCCCUUCUGGUGGCUUCAGCUGUGACUGAGGGCCUGGUCUCCACAGUCCAGGGCUUGGCGCUCCCGACCCGCCAGGGAGCCAGGCUUCCCAAACCAAGUGCCUUGAGCUGCCCACUCUGCAGCCGCAGAGGGUAACACUGACCCCAGGGUACAGGAGAGGGGCUCCCCUCCCCCUUCCCAAGCUGAGAAGAUGUUGGCUUCGGAAGCUUUACAGUCAGGAGAUGUCUGCAAAGGAGGGCCUGGCCCAGCGCAGGAGCAUGCUGGACGUGCUGGAGAAACUCGCUUCAGCUUGCUGUUCUCUGAAAAAUCCAUGCUAAUGUCACCUGUGGGCCUCUCAGGAACUGGGGGGUGCCCUCUCUGCUGGGACUGUGAGGCCGAGGUGCUCCACGUGGUGUUUGCUGGAAGAGAGGCUCGAGGGCUGAGGAGGAACAGGACGAUCAGAGCGCGCUAUCCUGGGGCAGGAUUGCCUCACUUCUCGCAGGUGCGCCCUGAACAUCCCUGGUCACUGUUACCCCAUGUGUCCUCUGAGGCAGCGGGAGCUGUGAGCACAGGGCUGCGGCGUGGGGACUGGUCAGUGCAGCGUGCUGGCCGGUGAGGCCAUGUGUGUGGUCCCUCAGAAGUAAAGAGGACGCACCAUCCUGGGGGUGGCAGUGGCCCAGUGCACCAGGGCCCUGGACAGUGGGGUGUGGUGGGCUGUGUCCUGUGGUGGGUUGAGGCAAAAGGUGAAGAGUUCUCAGCUGUCGAGCAGGCAGCCAAGACCAGAUAGGGACAGACCUCCAGGGCCAGAGGGAGCAGCCACCCUGAGGAACCCUGAGCCAGCGGGAGGCCCCAAAGCUCCCUGGCCCGGAGGCCAGUGCGACAGGAGGCAGGUGGCUAGUCAGCCUGGGGUGGAAGCCCAGGCUGGGGCCUUGCUCACGUGCUUCGAGAGCCAGCUUUUACGAUUCCUUGGCACAUUUUAAUGACCAUAUUUUGAACAUACUGUAGAAUGCCAAAUUGGUAUAGGGAAGCUGAACUUAACUCGAAGCUUACCCCUAAAGAAAGAUACAUAUUCUAUUCUGUGUAAUACCAAAAAUUGCAAUCCCCUCAAGAGAAGUGUUCUCUAAUGCUGAAGAGUAAGAUGUGACAGCAACACCGUGUCGGUGUGUUAAAUCGUGUCAAGAGUGAUACGCCCUAAAGUGUGUCCAUACCAUGUGCUUUUUCCCUAAAAUUAAUACAAUUUUUAACUUUAGUUUCCGUCAGAAAGUCCUGUCUUUCCCUCCUGAGAGCCUUAUGGAGAGGCUGCAUGCAGCCAGGGUCUGUCGGGUACGUGCUGUGUCCCUCCUCCGGCCGUGUCAGGCGGUGCAGCCUGCCCUGGUAAGCUCGGCGAGAGAAGGGCUGUGGCGCUUGCUCGCUGGCAGAGGUCGUGGCUGCUGCUCCCAGGCCAGCGGCUGCUCUCAGGGCUGUGCAUCAGCAACUGGUUCUGGCCUUGUGGAAUUCCGCCCCCUUCCUUUCCUGACAGUCGUCCUCUGUCUUUAACCCUCAUGAUUACCUCAUUCGACCUUGGGACCUCAGCCCCUUAGUUGGCGUCCCAGCCCCUUCUAAGUCUGUGGUAGGGACAUGGCCGGGCUGUUCCUCCUCCUGCCUGGUACAGCUGCAGCCAGGUCUGCCCUUGCAUCCUGCCUGGGGCUCCACGGCGACCGCACAGGGCCAUUGCGGGUGUGGACUGGCCUUGUGCACCUGCGGAGUUUCUCUGGGGAGUGACUUCUGGCAUCUCCCUGUGUUAGCCCAACUUGCGUUUGGACAGUGUGUUUUAUUUGGGUAUUUACUGGGCUAGAUAGGAUAUGGGGUGCUGGGGACAGUGAUGAACAAGACAGGCAACGCCUCUGCCCUCGUGAAGCUUCUAGCGAGAGAGACAAGGGGGAAAAAAUCCAUGCUGCAGAGAAGGCCCCAGUGGGUGAGGACAGGAGCGCGUUUGGGUUUGCACCUCUUCUGUCUUAAACUGUCCCCAUCCCAGGAUCCUUCAGAUCUGGUCGGGUCACUGCUGUCUGUCUACUCUGCGUGACUGUGAGGAGCCCGUCACUCCUCAGUCUCCAGGCAGUCUGUGCGGAGGUCCGUGCAGGCACGGCUGGAGAACACGGGGCGUGCCCCAGGGUGCCCCUGCUGCUCUCUGGGGUGUUAGCUGCCCUCAUGCUCAGUGUGUGGGACCUUGUCUUUCUUCGGGCCAGGACAUCCCUGCAGCCUGUGCACCGGCGGUGGCCGAGCACCUGAGCUUUUGUUUGCGUUUUGGGGCUCCCACAGUUCCUGGGAGGCUGCUUAGCUUCUUAGUACCCACCUUCCUCUGUAAGGUGGAACGCAGUCACAUCUGUCAGGAGCCCAAAGGACACCAGAGUCUCUUCAGAUCUUGUCUUGAACUUGUCUUCAGCACACGUGCCGGAAUUUCUCUUGUCGCUUCUGGGGCCUUUGGUUUCGGCUGUUGAGGAGCUGCACGUGUCAUACGCAUGCAGCAUCUGCACCUUGGGGAACGUGGGUAUUACUUGCUGAGUGGCUAAACCAUCUCGUGGCUAGAGUAUAAAACCCCGGGUGCAAAGCUGCCUCCCCGCCUCCUGCUCUCACACAAAAGUCUCAGGUUCUGUCCAGUGGGGUCUCGCUCUGGUCCCUUACAGAGAGACCGUGUCGGAAGACCUGCAGGUUAGUGGAUCCUGCCAAGUAUUUUCCCCCACCAGCUCUAGAAGGAAGCUCUGUAUCGGAUCAGCCCUGGCCCCUCGGUAAGGCUCCGUGUGGUACGACUCAGUUAUCUCGCUGCAGUAGGAGACUCGCCGGUUGCUGAUCUGACUUCUCAGCUAGAGUGCCCUGAAGGGGAGGGCAUCCUCCUCUCGGCCAGUUUCCUUUCGGAAGUUUGGUUCCCCAUUCUCCAUCUGCUCACCGGAUCCUCGGCGGUCUCUUCUGUGUUCAUUGGUCUGCUCGCUGCACCCUCAGCCUUGCGGUCCUCUCGGAAGUGGGCCUCGCGCAGCCUUCUGGGCCGGAAGGGCCGGAGAAGACCCUCUGAAUUCUCCGUUCCACUUUCUCCCUCUGCUCUUUUAGUCUCUGAACUUGGUCCUAUGUGUGUAUUUCCCAGCAUUCCUUCCUCCUCCGUCCCUUCACUACCCGGGGCAGUGGUUAGGUGGCUGUGGCUUGACCUGGGUUUUUCCUGGCAGAAGGGCAGCAGGUGUCCCACACAGGUGAGCCAGCACUCUGCCCUCCGGGAUGGACCGUGAUCUUUGAAGGCAGGUGUCUACACUCCCCCUGCACUUCGCUUUUCUUGUGCGACAGUGAUUCCCAGAGUAACUCUGGCUCUGAUCUUUGUGUUGGCGCCUCAGUCCUCUCUGUCCAGUGGGAAACCUCCAGGAACGUAUCUGCAGCGAGCCUCCGCGGGAGCAGCCUUAAUGACCCUUCAGCCAAAGUCCCCGCCAAAGCCGCUGUGUCUGGUGGAUACAGUAUUCCUUCUCAGUGUCCCGAAAGCUGUGAUGGGGCGCUCCCCACUUACCCAGAAAGCAUUACCAGUCGGCCGCCUGGCAUUCUCGGACGUGCACCUUGUGUCGUGUUCUUCUUGCAAUGACCUAUUUAUUUAACCUAUUUAUAUUUAUUUAAUUUUUACUCUGAAGUGUAUCCAGUUACAAUUGCACUUGCCUAAUUAAAGCACAUCAGAUUUGUUCCGGACAACACCCCUGGCCACUUUUAAACUGGAAAAGGAAAAGUUAUACUGUAUCCUUUCAUGGGAUGGAUGCCUUACAGAAGUCUUGUCAAUAAAGGGUGAAUAAUUUGGUCAGGGUAAACUGUUAAUUUUUAGGUGAUUUUUAAAAAAAAUCUGUGCCAUCAUGUCUUUCUGUGCGGUUAACUGUUCGACUGCCACGUAUUCAUGGUGUGAUCCUCUGUGGAACCCGAACUCCUGUUUUUAGCUUUAUAUUUUAUAAACUGCCAGAUUGUACGACUUUUAUGUGUAUUUUUAAAGCUCGACGGUGUGCGGGUCCUUGUCUCAGUUGAACGAGCUGUUUUGUACCCUCCUGUACAGUUUUAUAAUUCUGCUCAUCUGGGAUGGCGUCGUAGGGUGAGCCAACCACAAUAAAGGUGGUUUGAGAUCUA